GACCUAUUGUCAUGUUUUAAAUUUAGCAACUCCUGGCGGAUCCUAAUCCCGUGAACUUUAACCUUGCGCAUCAAUAAAAGUGCGAAGAAGAAUUGUUAAAGAGCUGUACAAGUGGUCAUCCAUCAAUUCAAUUAUUUGAAGUAGCCUAUUAUCAUAAAAAAAUGUCAAAUGUUUCCUGGAGGAAGAGGGACCUGGAUGGGAACAUUCUACCCCAACAUUGGAAUAAGAAUCGAUCUGUUAAACCUUCCAGCUCUCUGGAGUCCCCAGAGGUCGAGGAGACACAUGAGAUUCCUCUACAGGUCCCAAGUCUUGUGUGUCUGCUUCCAAUUCCUCCACCAUCCCAAAUCUGCUUCUGUGGUCCAAGCCAAGGUUUCACCAUCAUCCCAGGAAAGCAGACCGUGUUGGUGACUAUCAAUGGUCCAUACAACGUUUGCCUGCCUUCUGUGUGCUGUCCAACUUGUUCCACCAAAUGGUCCCCGAGCAUAGGUGACUUGCUUGGAUACAAAUACUGGCCAGCAACCGACAGCUGCAAAAUUAUUUUUAAGUUUGAUGUGUUCACAUCAUUCGAGCAAAUGAAAUUGGCCAGCCCAGCAUUAUCCCAGAAAGUAUUUAUAAAAAUGCUUGAACAUCGAUCGUUCUCCACAGGAAGGACAGGCAGAAUCUGUAGCGAUACCUUCCACAGAGUCUUUCGGGAGUUUGCCUUCUGUAAUUACAGACAAGAAGAUCUGUGCCUGGUGGAGCCCUUUAAAUGCCCAGCAUGCACACCUGACAUGCUGGCUAUUGCUGUAGAUGGCAAUAGAAAGCAUUAUCGCUUCAAGAAGUCCAGAGGGACAGAUGAACCGUCUCUAUUUGAUGGACUGUUCAUUGCCCAGGACAGUAAAGUGUCUGCCUUUGUCGACAAAAUCAGGAGCCAGAUGACGAUUAAAAGUGGUCGUGAUGUUUGUGGACCGGCAACAUUCACAGCUUGCAGAGAAACCUCACACAAGUCCAGGGCCAAGGUGGAUGAGGAAGGCCUGCAAAUAGCUGUGUGCAGACAUGGCAUCUUGCUACAAGGCCUAAAUCACUACCGUGGUGAAAUAUAUGCCUACCCAAUGUUCCUGCAGAAGGAGCUGGCUGAAGUUGCGAAUGCAACAUUCUUUUGUAUGGAUGUUGCCUGCAGGUACUGGCCUUAUUUGGAGAAGAUGGCAGCAAAGUUGCCUGAGCUCCAACCACUUACAGAGAUGAAACCUUUUAUCUCUGUAAUGCACGCCAAGGCCCACACAGGCAAAUGUGAGGUGAAGUGGGGUGGCAGAAGCCAGGAAGGUGCUGGAAAUACUGUUGGCGAGGAAGUGGAACAGGUUAACAGCUUCCUCUCAAGGGCAGCUCUGACAAACAAAUACAUGACCAAAUCAGCUAGAGCAGAUAUGAUAACCGUGCUGGCUAUGCAAUGGAACCACAGGAAGGUGGAGAAUCUCCACAAGACACUCUCAAAGAGAUUUGUCAAAACUACACAGAGAGCACAAACUGAAGUGGACAAUCUUGAGUCUCAAGCAAGAGCUGAACAUCUCCCUGGAGGACAUGGAGCAGUGGGUGUUGGAGGUCAAGCAAUGGGCAGCCACUGAGAAACAUGGAGACCAGAGUAGCCAGGAGGAGCUCCAGAGAGAAAUAGAUGACAUUAUUUAUUCCCUCCGAAGAAAGUAACACGACCUCUAUCGACAAAAUGACAGCAACCACACAAAGCAACGCAAACGGAGAAGACUGACAGAGCUCAAGAAGAAACUCAGAGAGAGGAUACUGCAGUACAACACCAUUGAUACCUGUACAGAGACAAUUGACACAGAAGCAGCAUGCAGUCUGUCUGAGGAUGUCAUUCUGCCCUGGGAGGUGCAAGGAGAUGUGGUGAACCUGCGCACUAAGAGGCGACUUUUUGACCAGGUUGUGCUGGUCAGGCGUAUGGAAGAGGAGAAAGUCAUCAUUGUGAAGGAGAUGACCCAGCAUUGUCAAAAUCUGAGGCAGGCACUGGACAAACUGGACCACCCCCUUCAUCAGACAAAAGACGACAUCAGGAACCAAAUUUCUCUAAGCGAUAUAACAGAAGAGGGAUACAGGGGACUGCACUGCUGUCUUUUACACCAUCAAUAUCUUCUGGAGCAGAAACUGAGCAGAGUCACCAGCACCUACAGCUGUAUUGGCACGGACUCGUCUUUUCUCAUGAUGGAGGAAGACAUUGAAGACGUGAUGAGGACAACGAACAGGACGGUGAUGAGGACAACAAACAGGACGGUGAUGAGGACAACGAACAGGACGUGAUGAGGACAACGAACAGGACGGUGAUGAGGACAACAAACAGGACGGUGAUGAGGACAACAUACAGAACGGUGAUGAGGACAACGAACAGGACGGACAACGAACAGGACGGUGAUGAAGACAACAAACAGAACGGUGAUGAGGACUACAAACAGGACAACGAACAGGACUUAACAAGUCUAUUGUAUUGUGUUGUAUGCAUGUGAACGUAUUAAAACGAGUAUUACGAUUGAA